GUUUGGCUGUAAUAGUAAUGGCGAAUUUCUCCACGGAUAAUUCUAAAAACAAAAAAAAAAAUCAAAAAAAAAAUGACAAGUAUUUUUGCUACUUGGCGUUUUACAAUUUUCCUUUCCACAUUAUCAUCAUGUGGGUCUCAAUCAUCGAGACUUCCACUUUUAAUUUUUUUCCUUCUCUCUUAUUUUUUUCUGUUAAUAAUUAAUCUGGUCUUUUCUGAACAUGGCCGUUGAAUUUGAUAGCCAGAUUCACACUAAUCUUCUUCCUUCAAUUAUUUCAUCAUCGCUUGGCGUGAGAUUUGAGAUGAGUUGGGUUUGAAUGUUUGGUGGGUGUGGAAAUGGACCGGAGGAGCUGGCUUUGGCGGAGGAAGUCAUCUGAGAAAAGCCCCGGCGAGACAGAAAGUACAGGCUCUGCUUCUUCUCAUUCUGAAAGAUUCUCAGACGAUCAGAGAUCUCAAUCACCGGAAUUAAUAUCUAAACCUGUAACAAGAGAAGAAGAGGCAACGGCGGAUAUCAAGAUUCUAACGGAGAGGCUCUCUGCAGCUCUUUUAGAUGUCAGUUUAAAAGAAGACCUUGCCAAACAACAUGCUAAAGUUGCAGAGGAAGCUGUCACAGGUUGGGAAAAAGCAGAGAAAGAAGCUGCGGUUCUGAAGCAACAGCUUGAUGCUUCUGUGAGCAAGGUCUCGGCUCUUGAGGAUCGAAAUAGUCAUCUUGAUAGUGCGCUCAAGGAAUGUGUGAGGCAACUCUGGCAAGGAAGAGAAGAGCAGAAUCAGAAUAUCGAAGAAGCUAUAAACAAGAAAUGCGCAGAGUGGGAAACUACAAAAUCUGAACUUGAAGCGCAGAUCAAGGAGCUCCAAGCCAGACUUGGAACUGAAAAAGAAGAGGUUGCUACUGCUUCAGUCCACGAAGACCUUUGCCCGAAACUUGAGGCUUUAGAGAAAGAGAACUCGGCUCUGAAGCUAGAACUACUUUCAAAAGCAGAAGAGGUCAAGAUAAGAACUAUUGAGAGGGACUUGAGCACUCAAGCUGCUGAAUCUGCCAGUAAACAACAGUUGGAAGGGAUUAAAAAGUUGACUAAACUUGAAGCGGAAUGCAGGAAACUGAGAGCCAUGGUUCGGAAAUCUGUCAACUCAAAUGAGAUCAAAUCUUCUUUAGGUAACCAAUCAGACUUCUCCGGGAGGAUCUCUUUUAGUGAUAAUGAAGUCCAGAGUCCCUCUGAGAGGAGUAUUGUGCAGACUUCGAUGGCUACUCCUUCAGUUGAAAUCGGUUUAAUGGAUGAUUUUCUCGAGAUGGAAAAGCUCGCUGCUCUGCCGCCGCAUUCUGAACCGGGAAGAAAACACUCAGUGAGUAACAAGGGAUUAGGGAAACUUGAAGCACAGUCAAGCCAGCUAAAACAUGAACUUGAAACCUCACUUCACAGAAUUUCUGAGCUGGAGGAAAAAGUAGAGAUGGUAGAGGUAGAGAAAUUGCAAUUGGAGAUGGCUUUAAAUGGAUCACGAGAGCAAAUUGAGGCAUUACAGAGUCGAUUAAUGGAGACAGAAGGGAAGUUAUCCGAACUAAAGAAUCUGGAACCAGAAAACCAGGAUCUAGAGUUGUCGUUGGGUGCAUCGAGAAGGCAAAUUCAGGAUCUUCAAAGACAGCUAAACAAAGCACACGUGAAUCUGUCAGAAGUAGAGACUACAAGAGCAGAAACCCAGGAACUAGAGUCGUUGCUGGGAGAAUCUAGAAAGCAAAUUCAGGAUCUGCAAAAACAGCUAAACAAAGCACAAGUGAACCUGUCAGAACUAGAGACCAUAAGAGCAGAAAAGCUGGAGCUGACCAUAUGUUUAAAUGGGACAAAGAAGCAUCUUGAGACGUCGCAAAGUCGGCUAAAGGAAACAGAGAGAAAGUUAACAGAGCUUCAAACUCUGCUGCGUCUAACAAAGGAUGCAAAAGAAGCGGCUGAGGAUGGUUUAAAAGCUGCAAACGCGAAAACAGAAGCAGUUGAAUCAAGACUCAGAGAUGUCGAAGCAGAAGCGGAAUCUUUAAUCUCAAAAAUCGAAUCUUUAGAAGAAAUUACAGAAAAGGAACGUGCUUUAUCAGCAAAACACAUUUCAAAGUGCGAAGAACUGCAAGACGAAAUCUCAAAACUAAAACACAAACUUGAGCAUUAUCAAGAAGCAGAGCCUGAGCCUAACCAUGUGAAAGCUUUUGAUGACGAUUAUAAGCUGAAGCAGGAGAAGGAAUUGGCAGUGGCUGCCUCUAAAUUUGCAGAGUGCCAAAAAACUAUUGCUUCGCUGGGUCAGCGAUUACAGUCACUUGCUACACUUGAAGAUUUCUUAAUUGAAACUUGAGAAAGGAGCUAUCCGGUCAGAAUCUUGAUCUUUCCCAUAAAUGUAAGAAGAAUCGGUAGACUCUGAGAGCUGAAUGAGGAGCAAUUGAAUCGCUGCAAAAGAAACGUGGAAUCCCAUCAAUGAAAACAAGUGUAGAGGACACGUGAAUGGGAAGUAGUCUCUAUAUACAUCAGAAAGUAAGACUAAGCCAAAACAGUGUUGAGAUAUCUAUCGAUAGAAACAAGGGAAAGAAAGAAAGAAAGAAAAAUAUAGUUUUUUCUUUCAUUUGAUAAAUUAUCCAUUCAAUUUCUAUUGUUUUAAGAUCAAAUCAAAUAUCAACAGAAGUAUGUGCAAGAAGCUGAAUAUGUAAAGGAAAAAUAUAGUGAUCUGUAAAAAGUAUUCCUCUUUCUUUUCCUUA